GUUUUCUCACUCUAACUUAUUGCACCAGUUCAGCAGCUGAAAAGAUAGACCAAUUGUAGAACAGGCCUUAAGUAUGUCAGAAUGGCCGAAACGGGUAAGAAGAUAAACUUGAAUAAAACCGCGUCGAAAUAUAAAUGUAUGUAUCGUAAAGACGACAAAACGUCAUCGUGUUCGGAGUACGUUCUACGAAAGACGGGAUUCCCGAAAUUUAACAGAAAAGGAAACCACAUUUAUGUGAACAAUAAAACUCACUUUAAGGCGCAAUUGUAUAAGUGCGAAAAACGACUUGACAAUGGCGCAUCGGAACUAAUCAUACAUGGUCUUGGAGCUGCUGUAUACAAAGCUACUAAUUUGGCUCUGCAACUGAAGGAGAUUCAUUAUGGAUGUUUAGAUUUUGAUAUUAAAACUUCUACUAUACAAUUAAAAGAUAAACUAGAAUCAUUGAAUGACAACAUGGAUAGUGAAAUUAACAGACAGAAUUCUGCUAUACAUAUCCGUGUCUUCAGAAAAGUACCUGUGGCUGUACUAAGAUCUACAAACUAAUGUGAUUUGAGAAACCAAUGUGUUUGAGCAAUCGGAUUGUAUAAUAGAGUAAUAGAAAUAUUUGAAUUACUAUCGCAA